UGCUCGGCGCGCGAAGAUGGCGGCGGCUGUGGGGCGCGGGGCGGCGGGGCCCCCGAGCUCGCUGCUGCUGGUGGUGGGCGGCGAGUGCGGGUGCCCGGGGCUGCUGGCCUACGUGCUGGAGGAGCUCGAGCGAGGCAUCCGGUCCUGGGACGUUGACCCUGGCGUCUGCAGCCUUGACGAGCAGCUCAAGGUCUUCGUGUCCCGGCACUCCGCUACCUUCUCCAGCAUCGUGAAAGGCCAGCGGAGCCUGCACCACCGUGGAGACGCCCUGGAGACCCUGGUCCUCCUGAACCCGUCAGACAAGUCGCUGUGUGACGAGCUCCGGGACCUUCUGCUGGACCCUGCCCCGCAUAAGCUGCUGGUGCUGGCUGGGCCCUGUCUGGAGGGGACAGGGGAGCUGCUGCUCCAGACGGGGGGCUUCUCGGCCUGCCACUUCCUCCAGGUCCUGGGGGACAAAGAAAUCCUGGAUCUCCUGGCCUCCGCAGCACCCCCCGCAGCCCUGCCCAGGCUCACCAUCGCCUGCCCGACCUUUGGCGACUGGGCACAGCUGGCCCCCGACGUGCCUGGCCUCCAGGGCCUGCUCCGGCUGCAGCUGAACCCCCCAGCACGGCGGCCGGCUUCCGAGGGCCUGCGCGAGUUUCUCGAGUACGUGGCCGAGGUGCUGGAGCCGCCAUCCCCCUUUGAGCUGCUGGAGCCGCCGGCCUCUGUGGGCUUCCUCAGGCUCGCCCGGCCCUGCUGCUACAUCUUCCCUGGAGGCCUUGGGGAUGCCGCCUUCUUUGCCGUCAACGGCUUCACCGUGCUGGUCAAUGGUGGCUCGAACCCCAAGUCGAGCUUUUGGAAGCUGGUGCGGCACCUGGACCGGGUGGACGCCGUGCUGGUGACCCACGCAGGCGCUGACAGCCUCCCCGGCUUCAACAGUCUGCUGCGGCGCAAGCUGGCGGAGCGUGAGGAGGCGGCGGCCGGAGGAGGCUCCGGGGAUGAUAGGCUGCGCAGGCUCAUCUCUCCCAACCUAGGGGUCGUCUUCCUCAACGCCCGGGCGGCUGCCUCGCGUCUGGUGCGCGGAGAGGAUGAGGCGGAGCUGGCCCUGAGCCUCCUCGCCCGGCUGGGCAUCACGCCCCUGCCCCUGAGCCGCGGGCCGCUGCCAGCUGAGCCCACCGUGCUCUUCCAGAAGAUGGGCGUAGGCCGGCUGGAUAUGUACGUGCUGCACCCGCCCUCGGCUGGGGCCGACCACACGCUGGCCUCCGUGUGCGCUCUGCUGGUGUGGCAUCCUGCGGGUCCCGCGGAGAAGGUGGUGCGCGUGCUGUUCCCUGGCUGCACGCCGCCCGCCCGCCUCCUGGACGGCCUGGUCCGCCUGCAGCACUUGGGCUUCUUGCGGGAGCCGGUGGUGACCCCCCAGGACCUGGCGGGGCCUCGGCGAGCCGAGAGCAAGGAGAGCGUGGGCUCCCGGGACAGCUUGAGAAGAGAGGGCCGGACGACGACGCCCGCCAGGCCUGCCCAGGAGUGCCCCGGGGUGGCCCGGAAGGAGCCGCCACGGGCUGAGGCUGCUCGCAGGGCUGAAAAGGAAGCUAGGCCCCCCCGGGAGUUGAAGAAGGACCCCAGGCUGAGUACCCCGCGGACCCAGUCCCGGGAGGUCCGCCGGGCAGCCUCUGCCGUGGUCGGUGUCAAGAAGGCAGGUGCUCAGGUGGCCCCCAAGUCCCGCAGAGCACCCAGCACCCCCCACCCGGGAGUCUCACUAGCGGAGAACGGGCCUGGCAGCCUCCCCAGCUUCCGGGGUGGAGAGGCGAGCCCCCCGACAGAAGCCUGCAGCUCCCCCGCCGCCCCGCCGGUGGCCACGCCCAGCCCGGAGAGCAGUCUGGAGCUGCGGCUGCGCCUGGCUGGGGAGGACGGUGGCAGCGUGGGGAAGACGCUGGAGCUGCUGCUGGCCACUAGCACGCCCGGGCGGGGCACGCCCUCGCCCCCCGGAGCCCCCCAGGGCCCCACCGAGGGCGGCGGGCGGCUGUCCCUGAGCCCGCUGAGGGCCGGGGAGGCGGGACCGGACGCCUCGCCCACGUUGACCACGCCCUCGCUGCCCGCCGAGGUGGGCUCCCCGCACUCCACGGAGGUGGACGAGUCCCUGUCCGUCUCCUUCGAGCAGGUGCUGCCCCCGCCGGCCGCCGCCGCCGCGGGCGAGGCUGGGCUGAGCCUCCCACUUCGAGGCCCGCGGGCGCGGCGCUCGGCCUCCCCGCACGACGUGGACCUGUGCCUGGUGUCGCCCUGCGAGUUUGAGCACCGCAAGGCCGUGCCCGUGGUGCCGGCACCCGCGUCCCCCGGCAGCUCCGAUGGCAGCAGCACCCGGUCCCAGGAGCGGGCCGGCGCUCCGGGGGCCGAGGAGACGCCUCCCACGUCCGUCAGCGAGUCCCUGCCCACCCUGUCGGACUCGGACCCCCUACCUGCCACCCCCGGCACUGCCGUCUCUGACGAGGACACGGAGGGCUUCGGGGGCCCUCGCCGUGACCCGUUGCCCGACCCCCUUCAAUUCCCCCCACCGCUGCCCACCCCGCCCAGUAUCUGCAUGGUGGAUCCUGAGGUGCUGCCGCCGGGCCUCGGCCGUACCCCGAAGUCCCUGGCCCGCCCCACCCCUGGCAUUGCCACCCCGAAAGCCACUCCACUGAUCACUGCCAAAACCAGGGGGCUGGCCACUGGGGACCGGGCCAGUCGGCCACUCAGUGCCCGGAGCGAGCCCGGUGACAAGGGAGGUCGGGCACCCCUGUCCAGAAAGUCCUCAGUCCCCAAGACCACCACUCGGGGCCCAUCUGGGUCACCCGGCAGCCGGCCAGGUGGGUCAGCAGCUCCACCCGGCUCCCCCGUCUACCUAGACCUGGCCUACCUGCCCAGCGGGGGCAGUGCCCGCCUGGUGGACGAGGAGUUCUUCCGGCGGGUGCGGGCACUCUGCUACGUCAUCAGCGGCCAGGACCAGCGCAAGGAGGAGGGCAUGCGGGCCGUCCUGGACGCGCUGCUGGCCGGCAAGCAGCAGUGGGACCGUGACCUCCAGGUGACCCUGAUCCCCACCUUCGAUUCGGGCGCGAUGCACCGGUGGUACGAGGAGACGCACGCACGGCACCAGGAGCUGGGCGUCACCGUGCUGGGCAGCAACAGCACCGUGUCCAUGCAGGACGAGGCCUUCCCCGCCUGCAAGGUGGAGUUCUAGCCCCGCCUGACACCGCCGGGCUGGGUCUGCCGCGUCUUGAGACUCCCCCGAGUCAGAAAUAAACUAGAUGCUCUGCU